UCUUCCUUUUUCCCGCUGCCGUGUCACGCGCAGAUAACCGACUCUAAUCGGUGCUAUCGACCUGCUGUGGCCGGCAGACCGCAGCGUGUGCACCUGUGCGCAGCUGCGCACAGCUGUGUCUGACUUUCAGAGCUCCAGAAGUUUCUCCGACUGAAGGGUCUCCUGUGGACUCAUGGCGGCAGCAGACACAAAGCCGGGAGGGUCCGAGGAGUCCAGUCUGCGCUCCGACGAGUCCAGCCUGCGGUCCUGGGAGUCGGAGCUGACCUCCGUCCAGCACUCGCUGAAGUUCGUGGCGCCGCUGAAGGAGGAGUUUGUCUGUCCGGUCUGCAGAGGAGUCGUGCUCAACCCGCAGCAGAACUCCUGCGGACACAUCUACUGCUUCCUCUGCCUCCAAAAACUGCUGGAGAGUUCUUCGCCGUCCGGUCCAGUCUGUCCCGUGGACGGAGCAGUCAUCACACCAGCUGAGGUGUUCCAGGACAACUGCUGCAAACGAGAAAUCUCCGGUUUAGAAGUGUACUGCACCAACUCCCCAGAAUGCACCUCUGUCGUAACGUUACGCCACCUGCAGGACCACCGGAGCUGCUGUGAGUACGAGUGGUUGCCGUGCGGUAACCCCGGCUGCAGGGCCGUGCUGCAGCGCAGACAGCUGCAGGAACACCUGAGCGUUACCUGUCCUCACCGCGCCGAGCCCUGCCCACACUGCCAGCAGCCGCAGAGACUCCGCCUCCUGCAGGAUCAUGUGCAGAGCUUCUGUCCCGAGGUGGAGGUGGACUGUCCAACCGGCUGCUCCCUGAAGGUUCCCAGACACAAGCUGGCUGAACACAGAGAGGCGUGUCCGGAGCUUCACGUCGACUGUUCUUAUAAGAAGUUUGGCUGCUCUGUGAAGGACAGGAGACGCAACGUGAAGCUGCACGAAGACGCCGCUGUCGCUCAUCACAUGCUGCUGGUCCUGAGGAGCAACACACACCUGGAGCAACAGGUGGAGGUUCUCCAGGAGGAGGCGCUGCUGAGGCAGCAGGAGGUGCAGACAGACAGUUUGCUGCUCGCUGCUCUGCAGAAGAAGAUGCUCCCGCUGCAGCAGCAGAACAGCAGCCAUGAACACCUGGUCUCUGCUGCUCAGAGGGCACUGUGCAGGCAGCAGGACGUCCUGUCCUCCGUCCAGCAGGUCUCUCGGGGGCUCGGGGGUCUGGAGGAUCUGGAGGAACUCAGGAAGUCUCUGGAUGCUGCGAUCCAGGAAGUGUCUGCAGCCGAGGCCCUCCGAGAACACCUGGGAACUUUGGGGGAGAAGCUGAAGCAUCACUCGGGUCUCCUGGAUCUCCACGCCGCCACGCUCGGUCACAACAAGCAGCGCCUGCAGGAGCUCGAGGCCACGUCGUACGACGGCAGACUGAUCUGGAAGAUCGAGGAUUUCGGCAACAGGAGGGAAGCUGAGGUCAAAGGUCAGCCGCCGUGCCUGAGCAGCGUGCCUUUCCAAAUCGGACGCUGUGGCUACAAAAUGGCCUCCAAGGUCUAUCUGAACGGGGACGGCGAGGGAAGAGGGACUCACCUGUCCCUGUAUGUGGUCCUGAUGCCGGGAGACUUCGACGCUCUGCUGCCGUGGCCCUUCAGACAGACCGUGUCUCUGUCCGUUCUGGAUCAAAGCGGCGCCGCCAACCACCGGAGUCUCAGCUUCAGACCCGACCCGGCCUCCAAAAGCUUCCAGCGCCCCGCCGCCGAGUCCGUCGGCAACGUGGCUGUUGGGUUUUCAUGCUUCAUUCCUCUCGACCAGCUCGCUGCGUACGUCAAAGACGACACGCUGUUCGUCAAAGUGAAGGUGGACAUGGCAGGUUUAGAGCAUCUGUAGGCUUCUAGGCUUCUGACCUCUACGUUAUCGUGUGUAGGAUUACAUUUAUACCCCUAGGCAGUGCUUCCUUUUGAAUUUUUUUUAGCAGUGGGGGCAGGUCUGUCCGAACAACCCCCCCUCCUGAGCUGACAGAACUGAGAAGUUGAACGUUGUCCAAUUACAACGGACCCACAAUAAACUCCAUCAACGCAACAGUAUGUGGAGUUAAACUGGAUGGGCCCAAUAACCUCUGAAUAGUUCUACUUGUUGUUAAAUUGCAAUGUGAGCAGAAGCCAAUGGGGGCUGCAUUAUGUCGGCAGGAUCAUUUAAAAGGCAACCGUGACUACAUUGUGCAUCUGCCCUGUUUCGGAUACUGUGGCGGUAAAAAUUUUGCAAUGGCGGGCCGCCACUACAAAAUCAACAUAGAGGAAACACUGCCUAGUGGUACUUUGUAUUACUGCAGGGGGUAUGUGACAAAAUUUGACAACCACUGCUCUAUGUUAUCGUUAUCGUGUGAAGGAUUACAAUUACUGUACUUUGGCACGAUUGCUUUUUUAGUUUGGGAAGGAUUUUCAAAAUAUGCCUUCAUAAUAAUUUGAAGGGAGCAAAAAUCUAGUAGUAUCAAGUAGUUUGACAUUUUGGGAAACAUUCUCUUUUUUUUCUGAGUUAGAUGUUCAGAUUGAUACGUCUCUUAUUUUGCCAACAUUUACAAACUUUUCCUUUAAGUUUCAGGGUCAUCUCAGGGAUGCUUGAUGGAGCUCUGACUCCAACAACUGACACCAGCUGUAAUAAUUGAAAUAAAAGAAAUAUUUUAUGCCCGUUA